AUGGCUCAGCGGCGAGAAGAAGACUUCUCGCCUUACCAUCAUUCACGCACACUGAGCGACGACUUGGGCCCACCACUACCAAGCAUUGUAAUUGAGCCCAAUCCGUCCUUAGACGCAAUCCGUGGCAAUCCUGUUCUCGAGACUAUUUCCAGGCAGCACCAAUCGGCGGCGAGUGAGCAAACGAGCGUAGGCCGUCGCAACAGGGCCAAUGAGGAGGCACCCGGGCCAAUUUGCCCUGGCCCGGGGAGCUCUCAUGCCGACCUUGCAUUAGAAGCCUUACUCAGGCGUCAUUUCCAAAAGCACCCGCAACCUGAGGUGACGGAGGGCUAUCUUCCGGCUGGCUACCUGGAGAAUAUCGUAUGCUUUGAAACUGUCAGGCAAGAGCUCGAUAAUGAGUUCGAAGACGACAACCCAGAUGAUCUUGACCGUCUUGCACAUGAUAUUUGCAACCAGGACAAGAAUAGGCCAUCUUAUGGUAAGGUCUUCGCUCUUCUUUGCCUCAUAGACAAGGUCCGGUCGAUUGGACGGUUUGUCAAGCCUGUCACAGGCGUUUGCGACGAAGACUUGCCGCUGCAAAGAGUCAACUCUGACGAAAACGGCAAUAUUGAUCUUCGGAAGCGUAAUGCUCUCGACGUUCCACUCAAAUGUUUCCUGAAAUGGAAUCACAAUGCCCUGAAAUCAUUUGAUGACUGGCAAUGGACAUUGAGUGUUCCCAUUCUAUCGAGAGUUUCUGGGACCGAAGCCCAGUACCGGAAGUUUGAUGAUAGAGUCAUCCUACCGCUCAUGUCAGAGUGCAGUCCGCAUGAAAAUGGUGGAGUCGGCGGCUACAGCGAGGUGUUCAAGAUUCAAAUCCAUCCGCGACACCAUGAUUUUGAUCAAACAGACCCAGAGGUGGCUUAA